GGAUUGUUUUUCGACGAGGACGACGGACGAGUCGUGAGUGCGUCGCGAAGUGUGUGUAGGGGUAAAGAAGAAGCAGCAAACGCAAAGAAAAAAGAAGAAAACGUCAAAGGCAGAAGGAAAGAACAGCAAUAAAAAAAAGCGGCGACAAAACGGUCAGUUUAGCCAUAAAGAGGGAACGCGGCAUUUUUGACGGCGUUGUUUUUUUUUUUUUAGUAAUUCUUUGCGCGCAGCAGCUGAACGCAGGCAAAUAUUUAUUUGCAACAACACGACACGCUUUGACCAAAUGUGGUAAAAAUAGCAGAGAAGCACAAAAAGCAGCCGCCGUCGACGUCGUCGUCGUGUUGUUUUUGCCUCGCCGACGCCGACUCAAAAAAAAAAAAACCCACACAGCAGCAGUAAAAAAAAAUAUAGUAUAAAAAAAUAACCAAAAGUGGAGCGAAUCAUUUCGGUUAGCAAAAAGUUAGCACACAACGUGCAGCGAACGAAACACGCGUGAGGAGCGAAAAAGAAUAACACAAAAAAAGCAAAAAAAAAAAAGUGCAAGUGCAAAGCCGCCAAACACGCACAGACACACACACACACGCAUAGCUCCUACACAAAUACACACACAAACAGAGCAGCGAAACAAUGUCACGACGUCGCCCUCCGCCCUUAGCCCCCCUUAAUCGGACUCCGGAAACGGUGCUUGUGCCACCACGUAAUCUAGACUCGAGGGCAACCAUACAGAUUGGGGAGCAAACAUUUGACAUCGAUGCCGACAGUUUGGAGAAGAUUUGCGAUUUGGGACGCGGCGCCUAUGGCAUCGUGGAGAAGAUGCGACACCGGCAAACCGGGACAGUUCUUGCCGUUAAACGCAUACCGAUGACCGUGAAUUAUCGGGAACAGCAGCGACUCAUCAUGGAUCUGGACAUAUCGAUGCGGUCCAGCGAUUGCCCCUAUACGGUGCAUUUCUAUGGCGCCAUGUAUCGCGAGGGCGAUGUCUGGAUCUGCAUGGAGGUGAUGAACACCAGUCUGGACAAAUUCUAUCCCAAAGUGUUCAAAAAUAAGCAAACCAUGGAGGAGACGGUGCUCGGCAAGAUUGCGAUGAGCGUGGUCAGCGCUUUGCAUUAUCUGCAUGCCCAGCUGCGGGUGAUUCAUCGUGAUGUAAAGCCCUCCAAUAUAUUGAUAAAUCGCAGUGGCCAGGUCAAGAUUUGUGACUUUGGCAUCUCAGGUUACCUCGUCGAUUCGGUGGCCAAGACCAUAGAUGCCGGCUGCAAGCCGUAUAUGGCACCGGAACGCAUCGAUCCGCAAGGAAAUCCAGCACAGUACGAUAUACGCUCCGAUGUGUGGUCGCUGGGCAUUAGUAUGAUUGAAAUGGCGACCGGUCAGUAUCCUUACAACAAAUGGCGAACGCCCUUCGAACAGUUGCGUCAGGUUGUUGAGGAUGAUCCACCACGUUUGACAGCUGGUUCGUUUUCACCAGAGUUCGAGAGCUUUAUCGCCACAUGCUUGCAAAAGGAGUAUACGGCGCGACCCAACUACGAGCAGUUGCUGCAGCACAGCUUUAUCGUCGAGCAUUUACAGCGCAACACGGACAUCUCGGAGUUUGUCGCCAGGAUAUUGGAUCUGCCAGAUGAGCAGUCACCGCAGUAGACCUAGUCCUGGAUGGUGGGUGGAUGGUGGGGUGGUUGUGAAUUAUGUAUAUCGCCCCCCACCCAAAACAAACGAAACAAAACAAAAAGGAAAAAGAAAAAAAUGUAAAUUGCCGCCGUCUUCUACAUGCAUUUGUUGUAUGUCUUGUCUGUCUGUCUCUGUCUCUGUCUGUGUCAGUGUGAGUGUGUGUGUGUGUGUGUCAGUAACUGUAGCUGUAUGUGUAGAAAUGUAUCUCGCAAGUAUGAACGAAUCAAUCGCUAGCUUAGGAAUUAAGAAAUGCAAUUGAAACACAUACAACGAUAUACAGCAUACUCUAUAUAUACUAAAUACUUUAAUUACGUGCCGUAAAAAAAAAACAAACAAACAUACAACCAACAAUUUUCGCCCAUGGCAGCGCUCAAAGGAAAAAGAAAAAACAAAUGAAUACCAAACUGUGCCUGUCAAACUGUAGCACGCUUGAAAUGAAAUUGAAAUGAAGCAAAGUUAGUUUGCUGAUAAUGAGAAUCGUGAGCAUCGAAAUUAAAGUCUCCACCAUCCCCAAAAUAGCCAAGCAAAAAAAAAAAAAAGAAAAUGUAAAUUGUUUAACAAAAUAGUUAAUUAAUGUUUAAAACCUUAAAAACGCGCAUACAACAAUUGUGUAAUAUUUUAUUGAUUUAUUUUGUUUUUUUUUUUUUUUUGUUUUUCUUAAUUAACUUAUACCUUAAACACAAACAAGAAACGAGAGAUGAAAGAUGAAAGAAAACCACAACUCACUGUAAUAUGAAGCAAAGCAAAGCGAAGCGGAUGGAAAACUAAGAACUUAAGUAUAUUAAUAGUUUAUAAUGAUGAUGAUGAAAAUGUAAAACUGAUGAAGAAACAGCAAAUUGUGUGCAUUGGGUUUCCCCCCGCGAAUUCAAUUCGAUUAUUAUAUUCAAAACAAAUACAAGAAAAGAAAAUGAAAAAGAAAACAAAUGAAAUGAAAUGCUUUAUUAAUAAUAUACACAUAAAACAUGCAUGCAAGCAUACAUACAUACAUACAUACCUAUAUGCAUUACUUAGUACAAUAUGUACAAAAACACAGCAUGAAACUAAAAUCAAAACAAACAAUGUGAAGAUAUAACAAAAAAAAAAUGCAACAAUAUGUCCAGCAAAAUGUUUGUGGGCACGUGGAAUUGAGACACGGUUGUCAAUUACAUAUACUAUACAAACAUAAUAUGUCAUUUAAUUAUGUGUUAAGCAAUAUGAUUGAACAGAAUAAAUUGCAAAAAAAAAAAAUAAGAGGAGAGAAUGAUGUUACGCAAA